AUGGCUGUCGUUGGUGUGACGCCCGCUGUCCUACAGUACAUCGACCAUAAUGCCUUUCCCGAGGACUCAGAAGUACAGUCUGCGGAUCUUGGCCCAGAAGUAAUCUCGAGUCUACUUCACGAGCUGCAACGCGAACAGGACCUGGUUAAGGACGAGAUCAGGAGUUUGAGCAAGGGUACUGCUCCGGACAUUGACACCUGGAUUUCACGAGCCAAGGAGCUGCAGACGGAUCUUGUGAGGUCGAGAGACACGGCAAGACAGAUCGUUGCUGAGCAUGAAGCUGGAAGGAAGCGGAAGGCAGAGGUAGAGGAUACGAGGAAGAAAGUGCAAUUGCUUGAAAGGGAGGUGGCUUUCGAGGAGACAUUAGCAGGGACAUUGGAGCAUAUACGAUAUGCUAAUGGCGUAUUGAGUUCCGUGCAGCAUGAGGCUGUACGAGGUGAUCUGAGAGCCGCGCUGAACCAUCUGGAGCAAGCUGAGGAGAGUAUUGGUGGUCUUGAUGGUCUGAGGGAUACGAAAGCUUGUGGGCUAUUGCAGGGUCGAGCGAGGCAGUUGAAGGAGAGCCUGCAGAAAGCAACGACGGAGCGUUGGCAGAAGCUGAUUAGGAUCGAUCACGAAGGGAGAAAGGUUACUAUUAAGAAAAUCAUUCCUACGUCCGACGAUUCUGAUCCAGCAGCCACGGAUCUCGAUAUCGAGAGUCUUGUCGUAGUAGCACAAGGUCUGGAUAUUUAUGAUGGCUUCAUCCAGACGUUAAGCAGAGAUCUUGAGCGGACUCUAUUUCGGCCCUGCCUCUUGCUGGACGACAAGGAUCAAUUGGGGACCGUCAAGGUAUCCGGUGAGACACUCGCAUGCGAUACACGGCAGCGAGACAUCACGAACGAUGCACUCUUCACAGGCCUCGCUGAGAUCGUGAAUUUCCUUGUUGAGCGACUACCUAAAUCUGCUACGAACCCACUUUCACGCCUUUUAGUGCCAGCAUUCUCGAACCGCCUUGAAGAUCAAUGGCUGGAGCCUGCUGUUCCGCUCGGCACGGAGGAGAUGCCAGCAUUCCAAGCAGUACUUGGACACGUGCAACGUCUCGCUGUGAUGAUCGAUGGGCACGGAUGGCAUGGUACCCGGCAGCUGCAUGAUUGGGUGAACAACGCACCACGUACUUGGCUCACGAAGCGACGCGAGGCUGUCCUUGGUGAUGUACGGAAUCUGGUCUUUGCUGGCUUAAGGCAGAAAAAGACUGUUGAGCGGAUCGAGACUCAGAUGCUGAGCAAGGACGAUCAUCAAGUGCUGCAGGGAAGUGUUGAGCAAGCUGAUGACGAAUGGGACACUGCGUGGGACGAGCCCGAGGAGGAAGUUAAGGCCACUGCAUCAAAAGCCACAGCAGCGCCCGCCGCCAGUGCUGACGGUGAUGAAGCAAGUGCAUGGGAUGCGGAUGAUCUGGACGCAAAGCCGAUCAAUGGUGGAGAUGGCACUAACGAGGAAGGAGAAGCGUGGGGGUGGGGUGAUGAUGAACAGCAGUCAUCGAGCCCAGAGCAGGUGAAGAAGCCUGCACCAUCAGGUCCGAACACCCUCGACGGCAGAAAUCAGCGGUCAGCACCAACCAAAGAGCGGGAGAUGACGUUACGGGAGACGUUUACUGUCACUGCAGUGCCUGAUGGCGUUCUCGAACUGAUACAGCACAUCAUCCACGAUGCGCAAACGCUCGCUGAUCCAGCUGACCACGAUUCACCGAUUGCUCCAGCGGCGACAGCCCUGUACACAAUACCCACCCUCGCACUAGCGAUAUAUCGUGCCACCGCUCCGACCGCGUACAGCAGGCUACCAACAGGCAACAUGCUCGUCUACAAUGACGCUUCGCACCUUUCGUCCAAGCUGCGUGACUGGCAAGCAAGCGAACCACCUGAAUCGCGCCUUCGCUUAGACAACGAUGUCAAAGCUCUCGAAACCUUCGCGAAACGUGCCUACAGCUCCGAAAUGGAAAGCCAGCGCACCAUACUCCGUGAUCUACUAGAUGGUGCACAAGGCUUCAGCAGUGUCACCAAUCCACCUUUCAAGCAAGAGUCUGAAGACGCUGUAGAGCAGACUGUGCACCGCCUACGAGAAGUCCAACGGCAAUGGAAGGAUGUUCUCUCGGAUGGCGCCCUGCUACAAUCACUCGGUUCUCUCCUCAGCACCAUCACCACCAAAAUGAUCACCGAGAUCUGUGAACUCGGCGACAUAGGCGCAGAAGAUAGCCAUCAGCUCCGUGCGCUCAUGGAUCGUGUCAGCGAGGCCAAAGACAUCUUCCUGCAGCAACGUGAAGGUGGCGAGCCGGCGGACAUGACCUUCAUCUACUGUCCGAAUUGGUUAAAAUUCCAAUAUCUGGCCGAGAUCUUGGAGAGUAGUCUGGCGGAUAUCAAGUAUUUGUGGAAUGAGGGCGAGUUGAGUCUGGAAUUUGAGGCGGAGGAGGUUAUGGAAUUGAUCGAGGGGUUAUUCGCAGACUCGGAUAUCAGACGGAGGGCUAUUAACGAGAUCAGACGAUCGGGAAGGUAG